AUGGAAAGAGGGAUGCAAAGAUGCAAGGCCUCAAUCGAAGACCUGCAGCUUGCUUUCUUAUGCGGACUUCAUGACAGGCUCGGGAGCGUGAGCCCAGUGAAACGUCUGCAUGUUGACAUGUGCAAGUACAUAGCUCAGGAAGCAAAGUACUUUCACGUCUCACACGUCAAGAGAGAGCAAGACUUUGCAACGAUCAGCUCGGCGAUCAAGGAGGUUCCGGAAGGGAGGUGUGGCGUUAUCUUAGUGCAUGAGGGCGAAUACACGGAAAGUCAAGGGCUGAAGAUCUGCAAACGACUGACACUCCAGGCAUCAAACUACGAGCGGGGAAACUCAUUCCUGAAAUGCUCCCUGGGGGGCCUGGCUGACAAAGAUGACAUGUCCAACAAGCUGAAAGAAGUAUCCUCCUCCAGCUCCUCUCCCUCCUCUCCCUCCUCCCCCUCCGACCUCGAGUGGCCCGAGGAGCUGCUCAUGGCGAUCCCUCCGACGCUGGGAGGAGGGAUCCUGGCCGGUCCCAUGGACGAGCAGGAAGACGGAGGGAACAGGGAGGAAGAGGAAAGAGCAGAGGAGCGGUUAAGAAUCCGGUCGAGGCUGCAGGAGGAGAAGGAGGGCAGGGGGUUGGGAGGAUCGCGAGUGGUGAUGAGGAUGUGGAGCGGGGACAGCAAGGUUCCCCCAAGGUACCUGGUGUGCGUCGUCGGUUCCCAGACGCACGUAGAGAUCAACGGGCUCACGAUCAUGCUGCUGGGAGGACGGAGACCAGAGGAGGCGGAGGGGGCGAACGCUGGCGAUCGCUGCGAAAGCAGGGAGGAGGGAGGACGAGGGGAAAGAGGGGAGGGAGGGGAGGGAGGGGAUGGACGGGAUGGGGGGGCGCCGGAUGGAGGAGAGAAAUCGUGCACAUGCGAGGAGGAGGUAAGAUGGAGAUGA